AUGUUAGCCAUCAUUCAUGCGUUACGUACUUGGCGAUGUUUCAUCGAUGGUAGACCAUAUACCGUUUUCUCCGACCACAAUCCUUUGACGUAUUUCAGAGCCCAAAAGAAACCAACAUGCGCCUUACGAUGGAUUGGAGAAAUCGAGCUGCGUGAUGGACCGGCUUGCCACACAGAUGAACAGCAUCCAUGGAGCCUGAAUACUUGUAUGCUAUUGAAUCGGUACAAGACACGGAUUGGCCAAGGUUUACGCCGCUCAAGAUCGAUGGCCGGAUUCUCUCAGGACUUGCUGCACGAGAACAAGGAUAAGUUUAUCGUCAAGGACAAUCAAGUAUACCGCUUGAUACUCAAUGGUGACCAAAUUGAGGAACGUCGUUUCGUACUAUUGCUCGUCGAGCUGAUCUUGUUGCCGAUUUUCACUACUCGGUGGGACAUGCUGCCAAAGCAACGGUGA